CUCAAUGACGUUUUGUGUUUCUUUAAUGCUUGAAAACAUAAAUUUCGCAUGCAUCGAGUGAUUAUUGUUUUCGUUUAAAUUCUAAUUCAAAGGGGGCUGGAUAGGAUCAAUGCUGUUAUACGGGCUUUAAAUAUUCGCCCGAAAAAAAGAUAACGUGAAAUAUCAAACAUAGACUGCAUUGUCACUAUAAAAAGUCAAAGUGCUACUCUGUAACCAUGAGCGCAAUAUUCAACUUUCAAAGUUUGCUUUGUGUUCUCCUCCUGAUGAUCUGCACCUGUGCAUAUUUGAGAUCGAUCGUCCCCAGUCUGAUUGAUAGAAAUAAAACAGGCAUGCUCGGUAUUUUUUGGAAGUUGGCACGUAUAGGCGAAAGAAAAUCACCCUGGGUCGGGCUGGCCUGUGUACUUAUGGCAGCGUCGAUACUAUUCUAUACAUAAUUAAUAUUGCGAGUGUAUGUUACAUGCGACUUAUUCUGGUUGCAGUUGAAAACUGUAAAACAACCAGCGACAAUCGUAUUUUCUCUUGUGGAUUAGCGCUGAAUAGAACAAAAAUCGGUUGUCGCGGGUUGGAUUUUUCAGUUUUCAACUGUAACGAUAUUUAAAAAAAUAGUUUUUUAACUCGC